CCUCUCGUCUCCCCGCCCGCUCCAGCCGGCGGCACCUCCGGGCGGCGGCUCCUCCCCUCCCUCCCUCCCUGUCUCGCCGCGCCUGUGGCCGCCCGGCAGCAUGGCGGCGGUGGAGCCGCGCGUCUGCGAGACGGCCGGUUGCAGCAGCGAGGCCAAGCUGCAGUGUCCGACCUGCCUCAAGCUGGGUAUCCAGGGCUCCUACUUCUGCUCUCAGGAAUGCUUUAAGGGAAGCUGGGCCACUCACAAGUUAUUACACAAGAAAGCAAAAGAUGAAAAAGCCAAGCGUGAGGUUUCCUCCUGGACCCUGGAAGGUGACGUUAACACAAAUCCCUGGUCUGGUUAUCGAUACACUGGUAAACUCAGGCCACACUAUCCACUGACGCCAACAAGACCUGUGCCAAGUUAUAUUCAGAGACCAGAUUAUGCUGAUCACCCACUAGGAAUGUCUGAAUCCGAACAGGCUUUAAAAGGAACCUCUCAAAUAAAAAUACUGUCAUCUGAGGAUAUAGAAGGGAUGCGGGUAGUGUGUAGGCUUGCUAGAGAAGUGUUGGAUGUUGCUGCCAUGAUGGUGAAAGCAGGUGUAACUACUGAAGAAAUUGAUCACGCUGUCCAUUUAGCUUGUAUCGCAAGGAACUGCUAUCCUUCCCCUCUGAAUUACUAUAACUUCCCUAAGUCAUGCUGUACAUCAGUGAAUGAAGUCAUCUGUCAUGGGAUUCCCGACAGGAGGCCCUUGCAGGAGGGAGAUAUCGUUAAUGUGGACAUUACCGUCUAUCGGAAUGGCUACCAUGGGGAUCUGAACGAGACUUUCUUUGUCGGAGAAGUCGAUGAGGGCGCGAGGAGGCUGGUCCAAACAACUUAUGAGUGCCUGAUGCAAGCCAUCGAUGCAGUAAAACCUGGUGUUCGGUACCGAGAACUGGGAAACAUCAUUCAGAAACACGCUCAAGCAAAUGGAUUUUCAGUGGUUCGGAGCUACUGCGGGCAUGGAAUCCAUAAGCUUUUCCAUACGGCCCCUAAUGUGCCACAUUAUGCCAAAAAUAAGGCAGUUGGAGUCAUGAAGCCAGGUCACGUAUUUACAAUUGAACCAAUGAUCUGUGAAGGUGGUUGGCAAGAUGAGACAUGGCCUGAUGGCUGGACCGCGGUGACGAGAGAUGGAAAGCGAUCUGCCCAGUUUGAACACACGCUGCUGGUCACCGACACAGGCUGCGAGAUCCUGACCCGGCGGCUGGACAGUAUUCGUCCCCAUUUCAUGUCCCAGUGAUAGCCCAGACUGAGCAGGUGGAUCUGAACGAUACAUAUAUAUAUAUAUAUAUAUAUAUAUAAUUUUUUUCAUCUCUGUACUAUGCAUUUUUUUAAAGAGUACAGAAUAGAGAUAUUUCAUAAUUUACUUUGUUCUCAGUGAUUGUAGAUAAGAGGAAUAUCUUGAAGAACCUGACCCAAUGUCUGGAAAAGCAGAGAAGAAUUUAAAGAAUCUCCUGCUCUCCUACCUGCAACAUUCAUGCUGUAUUUUUCUUUUUCCUUCAAUUCCCUCUUCAGCACCUUUCUUCUGUUCAGACCCACAAUUGAUUCUGUUGCUGCCAUGAUAUUAGCUAGGAAAGUGUGGGUAACCUUCCCCACCGGGACUUGAUAUUUUGGGAUCCAGGUUUUUUCCCCCUGUCUCAUGGUGUGCGAGCAGCACCUGAGAUGUUAAGCAUUUCUAGUUCCAAAGACUUGCUCCUGCUUCUUCAGAUACUGUUCUAAUGGGCUGGGCCUUGUGUUGUUUCUCAAUUGAGAAGGGGGUAGAAGGGAGAGAGAUGUGCAUGUCACCAGGAACAGGCUUCCCUUACCUUUAAAUCUGUCCCCACCUCUCUGCUGGUGGCCUCUGGAGAUUGUGACUGUAGGGGACACAAUGUUAAUGGCAGGACUUGUUUCUCUUGCUGGACAUUUGGUAGUAUGGGCUUCCUACAGGGAAAAUGAAUACAUUCUGACGUAUACACAGGUCCCUGGAAUAAGCUGCUUCUUGGAAAAGCAGCAUUUGCAGGCAGCUUCUUGCUCCAGAAUCUCAGUGGAGCUGAUGUAUGAGAUUUGCCUAAGGAAAGGAAUGAAACAAGAACCAAAAAGAUCCCACAAUUCGAUUCACGGGAUCCCUGCAUGUUAACUGUGGGAUGUUUUUUAGAGGUGCACCCACAGUGGCUGUGGGGACUGGAUUUGCAAGAUUUACAGCGGAAUGAGUAUAUUUCUCCCAAGUCUGAGUGUGACAAAAUGGAACACCUUCAAUGCUGUAUUCAUUUUCUUUUAGAAAUGUUUAAACAGGUCAUUUUCCCCCCUCAGUUCAGUGAGUUUCAUGCUUUUGGAAAGUCUUAAGGAGGCAGUUGUGUAAACUGACCUUUCUCCCUCAGACUGGGGGUAGAGUGGGAAACAUUAGCAAAUAUACCCCCUCAUUUUCUGUUGAUGGGUCACGACAAGCUGGGAAUUGUCACGUAAAGAAGUGUGGACUGAAUAAGCCUCUCUUCUCUCUCCCUUUUCUUUUCCCAUGUGCACUUCCUUUCCAAAAUCUUUGGUCUCUCUGCUGAGGAAAUAUAUAUAUUUUUUUCUCCUGAAUAGUAAUACAGAAUUUUUCAGACACCAUUGCAGACUUAGUCUUACGCCACUGUAAUGCAAGAAAUAGUUAAACCAACGCAGACAUAUUAAAUCAUGCAAUCAUGGGCAUCAAAUACACCUUUUCCGAGGUGUCUAUAGUGAACUUGUUACCACUUUAGACCCGAGCAUAGGUGAGGUGCUGCACACCUUUGGCUCCCCUUGGCACUGCAGAAUUUAGGUGGGGGAAAGGGGUUAGUGCUUCAUGGAAUGGGACUUAAACAUACCACCAAAUACCAAAUUUGCCGGGAACGUCUUCUCUGCCCUGAGUGCCUCAGACCUCCGUUGCUGUAUCAUUGCCAUGUUUUCAUGACCUUCAUUAUUAUUUUUAAUUAUGCAGUAAAGUGACCUGAAAUUAUGCAUCGAGAGGGUGCGUGCGUGCGUAUGCAUGUGUGUGUGCGCGUAUAGAUUUUAACGAGACAGACUGUAGUAUUUGAGUGGCAUUACCUGUGGUGAAUGAGACGUUCUGUAUUGAGAUGACUGCCCUGGAGGUUUGCCCACCAUAUCAUUCAUUGAAAACGGUCUUGCCUUUUCUAUAUAUGUGUGUGUGUGUAUGAUGGGGGGUGUGGGGAGAGACGACUUCAUUUUUGGUCUAGCAAAUAAAAGUUGCGGCUGCUUUUAACAGAAAUAA